AUGACCCAACUACAAGCUAAAGAGGGACCAUUGUUAGGAUUUAAGACUCCAAAAGCAAAUGCAAUCGGUAAACUAGCAGGCAGGAUAGACUUGAGUAGCUUUAGUAAUGCCCAUGCUGGUUGUGGGAUCCAUUUGAUGAGCAUUGGAUCUGAGAUGCAAGCCAUCGUUUAUAAAGCAGUGAAAGACACCAACAUAGGUGGGUCCAGUGCCGAGAAGGACGGGGAGACGUAUUCUCAAGGGAUAAUGGAGGAAUUGAAAGGCAAAGGUCGAUGGUGCAAGUACUCUCCUUACGGGCUGGACUUUCCGGGAUGGAAACCCACUGGCAGAUUCUGCAAUGGAAAAGUGCCUUCCGACUUAGUAGUGGAAGCAUUAGGAAUCAAGGAGCUGCUGCCAACAUAUCUGGACCCAAAUCUUAGGCCGGAAGAGUUACCAACUGGUGUUUCCAUCGCCUCCGUUGGCUCAGGAUACGACUUUGUUACCGCUAACAUUCAGAGAGCUAUGCCGAUGUCAGCUCAACUGAAUCUCUCCAAAGAGUACAUCGCUAAUCUAAAAGAUGCUGUCAGAGAGGAGAAAGCCGACAGUACCCUAAGCAACAGCCUGCACUUGGUCUCGGCAGGCAACAAUGAUAUUGCGAUCUCAUAUUACUUCACUCGUCUCUGGUUGGCGCUGGGUUUUGCUGCCUACUCUGAUCUUCUCAUAGAUGCUGCUUCUAACUUCACCAAGAACUUGUAUGCACUUGGGCCUGGGAACAUUGCGGUCCUCUGUGCACUGCCAUUGGGAUGCUUGCCUUCUGCGAGAGCCCUACGGGGCAGCAAAUGCAUCGACUCUGAAAAUGCAGCAGAUCUGUUGUUCAAUUGA